AAAAGAAGGAAAAAAGUCGCAAAAAAAAAGAAGAGUCUUUUGCGAAACGCACCGUUGUCCAUUCCAUGUUCUUGUUGUGCAAGAAAAGAUACGAAGAUGCUUCCCUCAUUACCCACACAAUUGCUUCAAUCUUCCAAUUACCAUAACUCACUUUUCAUAUUCCCAGCUUCUAUUGUUGAAAUUAAUUAAUGUUAUUUUCAUUAAUUAUAAUUGCUACUAUUACUUUGGGGUUAGUUUUGAAUUCAGUGUAUUCCGAAAAAGGAAAGAAUCGAAGUGAGUGAGUGAGAGAGAGAGAGCCAUGGUGGUGCUGCCAGUGGUGAAGCUCGGAACUCUUCUUUUGAAAACAGCGUGCAAACCCAUUGCCACCAGGCUCAAGAAAGAAGCUAGCUACCACCCUCGGUUCCGUAACCUCAUCAUCAACAUUGCCCAGGUGAAUCAUAGGUUUACGACAACAGUGCAGAGGCGCAUUUAUGGUCAUUCAACUGAUGUUGCGAUCCGGCCACUCGAUGAGGAGAAAGCCGUGCAAGCCGCAGCCGAUCUUCUUGGCGAGAUCUUCGUCUUCUCUGUUGCUGGAGCUGCUGUAAUCUUCGAGGUGCAAAGAAGCUCUAGAUCAGAAGCCAGAAAGGAAGAAUUACGUAGACAGGAGAUAGAGGCAAUAAAAACAAAGAAUGAAGAGUUGGCUAGAGAAGUUGAACAACUUGGACACAAGCUUGAAGAGCUAGAACAUCUUGCUAGAGGACGAGGUCUUUCGGGAAUUCUGCACUUCAGGAACACUCAAUCCGGUGCCAGUCCAGACAAAAAACCAAAAUCCGAUUGAUUGUUGCUAAUUUGCCAAAUGCCGAUAGAUCUUGAUGAAGUAUUACUUGAAUUCAUUAGAGCCGUUGCUCUUGAAAAUUGUGUAGUUGAUCUUGAAAAGUUCGAAAAUAUGGAGCUUCCAAACACUGAAGAAAGACAAGGAUAUAAAGCAAUUUUUUUAGCACAACACAUUCUUACUCUUCAUACAAUUACAGGCGAAUUCUUUAGUUUUAUUUAUAUGUAAUUUGUGUAAUAAUUGCGUGUCAUUCUGUGAAACAAAUCAGAUACAAGUUAUCUUCACGCUUCCUUAUGUAGAGCUGAUUGGUGCAUAUAAACAUUUUGUAAUAAAUGUCUUCCCAUAUCUUGAUU